AUGCUUAGAAGAUCACAGGGACCACCUACUCACGACCUCGAUCUCGACAUUGACCGCACUCUAAGGCGAGUGAGGAGACUAUUUGUUGAACAAACGGGUGAGGAGGAGGAGUUCUUUGAUUCUUCUAGUGAUAUUUCUUCAGACAUGGGGGAUGCCAAUGGCGCUCUUUUUGGUGACUUUGGUAAUCCGGGUAGUCAUGAAUUGCAAUGUGGGAUUCUACUUCCUACAACGGAAACAAAUUUCACUAUCCACCCGCACUACACUCAAAUGGUGCGUGGAGAUCAAUUUUCUGGAGCAGCUCAUGAAGAUCCGAUAGAGCAUUUGGACAAAUUUCUCGAGACAUGUGCUUUACUCCAAACCAACCAAGUCACUCAAGAAUACAUCCGGAUGCACCUUUUUCGGUAUUCGCUCACAGGCAAGGCUUAUAGGUGGCUCAAAAACCUAAAGCCCGGCUCGUUGGCCUCAUGGAGAGACACGGCCAAAGCUUUCUUGAACAAGAUCAUUCCCGAAGACAAAUCAACCGAAUUGAGGCAGAAAAUUUCAUCAUUUAGGCAAGAAAGCAAGGUGCCUCAAGCUCAAUUGGAGGACACCAUAGAGGAAGUUGUGAGGUACUAUUCUACGAGUGGUGGAAGAAGAAGAGGUGAAGAGAGAGCUUCGGGCAAAUUCGAGCUUGAUCAAGGUUCACUCAAGGCUCUUAUGGAACAAGUCAUUGACAAGAAGCUGGGAAAUAGCCAAGGGUCUUCAUCUUCCUCCACCAAUCAAGUACACUCUUUCUCUUGUGAGAAUUGUGGGGGUACCAACCAUGAUAUAUCAUAUUGUGGUGGUCGAGACCCCGAACAUGUAGCGGCAAUGGGGUACAUGAACAAUCAACGUGAUAAUUGGAGAGCCCCCAAUGCCAAUUAUGGUAAUAGAUUUCAAGAUGCAAGUGGCCCAAGCCACAACACGGGUCAAAUGGCUCCCUUUCCAAAUCCAAAUGCUAGCAAUCACCCUAGAGCACCAUUCAAGCAAGGACCACCCAACCAAUUUCAAAAUUUCCAACCCAACCCUUCCAUGCAAAAUGAUCCUAAUCAACAAAUGCUCAUGGAAACUCUCAAUAGAAUCCAAUCAAGCCUAUCCGCCAUGGAUCAAAGAAUAACCAAUAGUGAGCGAAAAGCGGAUCAAAGGCAUCAAGAGGUCACCGCACAUCAAAAGAUGAUGGAUAAUCAAGUGGCUCAACUCGCCGAGAGGGUGACCAAUCUAGCCAAUGAGAAGCUCCCGGGCCAACCUACUACCAACCCGGCUACCACCCAUCAUAUCAAAGCUAUCUCUCUUAGGUCCGGAAAGUCUUAUGAGGGGCCUAGGAGUGAUCAAUCGGAGCACAACAAGGAGGGUGAAGAGCAAGUGGUUGAAGAGGUCAAUGGAGAUAGCCAAGGUCAAAUAAUUGACAAUAGUGUUGAAGGAAUCAUUGAGAAGAGGAAGGGUGAAGGUAGUGAAAAGAGCAAGGAAGUUGGGAAAGACAAGCAACCAUCAACAUCUUAUCAACCAUCAAGGUUCGAACCACCACCGCCUUAUCCCGAGAGGAUUGUUGAGAGGAGAUUGAAUGACAAGUACAACAAGUUUAUGGCUAUGCUCAAGUCACUUCACAUCAACAUUCCAUUCCUUGAAGCCAUGACUCAAAUGCCGCCCUAUGCAAAAUUCCUCAAGGAACUCCUCUCCAACAAAAAGAAGCUAAGUGAUGAGUGUAUCACUCUUCCUCAUCAAGUUAGUGCCCUAGUGCAAAGAACCUUGCCUACCAAGCAAUGUGAUCCGGGAAGCUUCACUCUUCCGGUCAAGAUUGGUGAUAUGGAGACCACGGGUGCACUAGCCAAUCUUGGGGCAAGUGUGAGCCUCAUGCCACUAUCCAUUGCAAAGAAGCUCAAGUUCGAGAUGAUACCUUCAAGAAAGGUGAUUCAAUUAGCCGACCGGUCCACAAAAUUCCCAUGCGGUGAGUUAGAAGACGUUCCUAUCAAGAUUGGGAAUUUGUUUGUGCCUUGCGAUUUUGUGGUAAUGGAUAUGGAGGAGGACCCUCAUACUCCUCUUAUCCUUGGAAGAGAGGCACUCAAGACCAUGGGAGCGGUCGUCAAUUGCAAAGAUAAUACCAUUACAUGUGAGGUGGCCAAUGAGAAGUACAAGUUUGAAUUCUCAAAGACUUUGAAGCAACCUAUGGUAGAGAAGAUUUGGCGGGUGGACUUGGUGGACUCCGAACUUGAUGAAUUGGUGAAGUCUCAUGAGGUGAAACUCAUCCCGAGACUCAAGGAGCCGUGGAUGAGCUCCCAUCGAUCCAAAGUGAGUCUAAGGAGGAGAGUUCCACGCCUCCUCCCAAGGUAG